ACAACCCAAUUUGUUUUCUUCACUUUCUUCUAUCUCACUCACACCGAUCCCAUCAUCAUCAUCAACACAACACCACUGUUUUUAUUUUACUUUUUCCCCACCUGAAUCUCGGUUCUCUCUCAAGAAACAACCAUGGAAGGCCUUCCCAAAGGUUACCGUCCCAACGUUGGAGUCUGUCUGAUCAACUCCGAUUUCCAGGUUUUUGUGGCUUCCAAAUUGAAUGUACCUGGAGCAUGGCAAAUGCCUCAGGGUGGGAUUGAGGAUGGUGAAGAACCAAAAUCUGCUGCCAUUAGAGAACUUCGAGAAGAAACAGGAAUAGUAUCUGCUGAAAUAAUUGCUGAGGUUCCAAGAUGGUUGACUUAUGACUUCCCUCCUCAUGUGAAGGCCAAAGUUAAUCGUCUGUGGGGAGGUGACUGGCAUGGGCAGGCACAAAAAUGGUUCCUUAUGCGGUUAACAAAAGAUGACAGUGAAAUCAAUUUGGCAACUGGAGAAGCGGACCCAGAAUUUGCUGAAUGGAAAUGGGCUCACCCUGAAGAAGUUAUUGAGCAGGCUAGUUUCAGAAUCUUGUUUACAGAUAGCAGUGGACUACAAGAGACCAACUUACGAAGAAGUUAUAAGAACCUUCAUGCCAUACUUUCAAGGGAACUCAAUGUCAGGCAAAUGUAAAUCGACAAAGUGGUGAAUAUAUGAGUUUGCAUUGUAGUUUUAUGCAUUUCCUUAACUGAUUUCGGCACACGCUGUUCUUUGUAAAUGGAUAAUAGUUGCCAGUUAGAACUUCUCUUUAGGUGGUUGCCUUGUAAUAAUUAAAAUAUAUGCCCAGAAUUACAUGGUUUUGUUUCAAAAUUUGAUGCAACGAUGAUUGUGAAUGUGUAUAGAAAUGGUCAGUAAAGUAACGGUAAUUUAGAAUA